GACGAAAACCGUCGUGGUGUUAGCUAAGGGUCUGUUGUGAGUGCCUUAUCGCACGACUUUUUGUCUCUCUUGUUUCAUGGCGGAAGCGAUCCUCUGUGGUAAUGGUCCGGCAUGUUGAAAUUAGCCAUACCUUCAAACAUCCAUUCGAGAAAGUGAUACAUGCUUACUUCCAAAAGUACACUUGUGGUAAAGAUUCCAAUGUGACGUCUAUAACAGUGUUGCAACACAAAACAGACCCAGAAACUGGAGAAGAAUAUUUAUUGAGAAGAGGAGAAUGUGUGAAUGUUUUGCCAGGUUUCUUUAAAAAGUUGUGUCCAUUCCCAGCUAUUCAAGUAGAAGAGGAAGCAUGGCUCAAUAGUAAAGAAAGAUGUCUUCGUCUUCACUGUUAUAACCUUACAUGGUCCAAAUAUGCGUCCUUAGAAGAGUUCAGCACUUUUAAAGCAUGUGAAAACAAUCCAGACUGGACAUCAUUUGAGCAGCGAGGUAGUAUCAAUGUUUAUGGUGUUGGUUCAUUACUUGGAGGAAUGAUGGAAGCUUUUGGACAAUCGUUUCUUCAACAUGGAGCAAACAAGGGUUUUAACAUAAUGGAAGAUCUGAUAAUGACAAUGAGUGGAAGGUAUACAGAAGCAUGACAGAGCAACACUUGACAAGAGCACAUAGAGUGCCUGCCCUGCUAUCUAAAUUUUUUCUACCAUUUUUUCUACUGAAGAUUUGUUGAAUUCUCAAAGUGAACUUUAAAGAAAAGGACCCCAUGAUUUCAAGGAAGCACAAGGGGGUGGAAAGUUCAUGAUGAGAUGUCAGUGAGUAUUCUUUCGUCAAUUAGGGCACUGCCGUAAGGAGUGAAGUCUCUGAUUGUUUACGAGAUACCAACAUUCUAACUUAUUAAUUCCUUAAGAAAAUAAUUAUAUUUACAGAUUCAAAUGUAUGAUAUGAGAAAGAGAAAAUUGAUUGGUCCAAUUAUAGGUUGUCAGUUAACUGUUGUUUGACCACUGCAUUUUUGCUGAUUAUUGGUGAGUUUUAAAUGGCGGUAAUUAUCAAUCACUACCAGGGUUUGUCUUCAGGGACUAUAGCAUAUACCUCUCCUUUAAGUUGAAACUUUUAUUAAUGAAGGUAGAAACCAAAUUAAUUUUUUUUUUUUACAUGAAACCAAUGUUAAACAGAUGGCUUAAAUUUGAGUUUUAGUUUGCAUACUUUUGAAAACUUGUAUUCCUGUAAGUAAUUAUUUUUGUCUAUCUGAGUUGGUCAAACUUAAAAUGUUGACCAGUCCCUCUGCUGUAUUUGGGAUUAUGAUCAACUUAUCUGACUUACUGUUGUACAAAUGUAGAAAAAUGUGUACUUGGUUAACACUCCAUGAACACUUCCAGGAGUCCAGUUCAUGCCCUUUUAGCACAGGUUUCAAUGUUUUGAAAAAUAAAAUUUGGUGUAAGAUAAAACUUUGGCUCUUUUCUGGCUUCCCACUCUUAAUUACUCAAGGUACUCUAUGAUCCCUGAUCUUAAGUUUUAUUUUUGAUGUGAAUCUUCAAUGGCAAGUUUGAAUUUCAACAUUCACUUAAUUCAGACGUUUCAAAAUGUGUGCAAGACUACUAGAGAAUUAGUGUCUCAUCUUCCACACUUGAUGGGGUAAAAAAUAUAAAAUUAUCAAUUAAUGUACUCUUCCUUUGUGCUUCUGGUCUUUCCAGCUUUUGGAGAGGGGAUUUAAAAUAAGUGUGUAAUGAUAAAAGAGUGUUUGUCUAAUCUGUUAUGAGACACAAAGAUUCCUAUAAUAUGGAAGAAUGUAAACAACAGGAAAUUGAGAUUUCAAUGAAGUAUGAUCAAUGCUCACUGGACACAAGCAUGCUGAGGCUCUUAACUGAAGAAAAUUUCAGUUGAACUUGUGAGCAAAUAGGCCAUAGUUAAAUUUCAAAACUGUUUAAUAUCUAAUUGCCAGGCAAAAACAUUAGGUGUACACUUAAAUCCAAACUUAAUUAGGAAAAAAUAAAUGUAUUAAAAAAAUUAGAGAAUUC